UAAAGCAACGUUGCCUACAGGCAUGAAUAUGGCUCACGGCCAUUGUCGUCAUUCAAUUGAACCUUACGAACCUACCUGAUGAAUCACCUUCCCGAUGAUUGUACGUCCUAUCGCAAGUGACGAGCUAACGCUUGAGGAAUAUGAGAAGCAUGGUUUCUCAACUUCGAAGUAAGCGCUGGCGAUUUCUUGAUUAUGCUACUCCGAUCCGCAGCUCUGCAAGGAUUCUGCAAUUCAACCCCCUCAGAACAAAGAGGACUUGGAAGUAUACGUGGGUAUGUUCCUACGCUUCUUUUCUGGCGCCAUUCUACCUGCCAUGGACCAUUGUUCACUCGUUUGCCAUGGACGGCCCGCACUUAGGGGCAUUGGUGGUUUUUCCUGUACCUGGUAACUUACAUUUCCACUUUCGAGCGUAUCAGCACCCUCUGAAACUACAAUCAUCUUCCCUUGCCUCCAUUAUGCAUAUGACUUUCAUUUAAAUUCGCCUGCGACAGUGUUCUUCGGGUAUUUUCAGCUGAUCUAUAGACUCAUUGAUACCUUUUCUUGGAGCACCUUAGUUAUCGACGAACGUUUUUAGCCAUACCAGAUGGACUGAGGCCUUCGAGCAAUGCGAAUCUUUCAUCCUUUUCCACAUUAGGGGCUGGAGCUUUCCAA